AACAAAAUUAUUGUACUGUAUGAAGAUAUUUAAGAUUUAAGAAGACAUAGUACAGAUAUAGAGGGUUUUAUAAAUUAUUUUAUUUUGGAUCUUUGUUGUUAUUAUUGACAAGAUUCAUUUUCUGGGACUUGUAACAUCCUCUUACACGUGUCAGAUGCGUAGAUGCGUAGAUACGAGCAUCGUUUUAUUUUGUCGAAACGAUACGAAUUAAGCGUUAAAAGCGAGCCACAAAGAGACGAUUAUUACUUGCGAACCGGAAAUUAAACGCUGCUUGAGAGCACCAAAAGCGUCGUGGCUAUACGAGUGAAUCAUAUUUGCGCAUAGGUAUUUGUGUCAUGAAUUUACGAUUCUAAAUGCGUCUUUCAUUAACUCUAUAUUUAUUAACGUGAACCAAACGCAUUUUAGAAAGUAUUAAUUAAAUCGAAAUGAGUUUUCCUUUGUGCUCUGUUUGCUAUAAUAUUGGACGUAUUUCAUAAGGAACAUACAAAUUGUUCUUAUUAUAUAUUCAUAUUAUACUAUAUGUAUUAUAUUUGUUAUUAUUUUGUUAAAAAAUAUUUUUGUUGUAAAUGUUGAAUAGUGAACAUUGAAUGAUUUAAUCAGGAAUAGACUGUCAAAAUGAACGUCAAUUUGAAUUACAAUAAUUAUGAAAGAAGAGUGGCCAGAGGAAGGGGGAUAGCACGAAGCAAUUUACCUGCGGAUAGGUGCCUUUGCCAUAGACCAUACACUGUCGUGCUAUGUAAUGUUUGUGGUUACUGGACAAAGGGCAGAGUACGUUAUUUUUGUCCAAUUCAUCCACAGGUAGUUUUUUUGUUUGACAUUCCACAAUGUCCCCAAUGUAAAUCUUAUGGUUUUAUGUUGAGCGAAUAUUGAAUCGUCUGAAAACAGAAUGUAUACCUUGCAUAAUAGUAUGUGAAUUACAUAAUAAUACAUAAUACAUUAUGCUAUACAUAUACAUGCAUAUACAUAAUGAUUUAUUUUGUUAUUGAUAUGUAAGUAUACAUUCUACAUUUACUUCCACAAUUAUUUCUAGUACAAUCAUGGAGUAUGUGUAAUCUGUUAUAUAAACAGUUAUAUCAAUACUAAUUUAUAUUUUUAAUUUGUUAUUGAAAUUUAG